GCACCUUGAAAAAUAAAUGCAAACAUGCAAUAACAUGAAAUGAAAUAUUAGUAUGUAAUGGGAUUUGAUUAUGUUAGUGUGUACUCGCUGUAAGUGUCCUUUAGCAAAUGAUGCACUAUUAUUUUUUGCAUAAUAUACAUAAUGCAUGCAUUUGAAAGAACUAUAUAAAAUGUUUCCAUCAAUGUCUUAUGUCCAUGCAUUCAUUUACCCGUACAACCACAUCAAGCAUGCAUAGCAAAUGUUGCACCCCCCAACUUGCAGGUCUCCCAACUCUCCCUGAUUCUUUUGCUUGAUUUGAUCUUGACAAAGAACAGCCAACCAAAACCUUGUAUCUAUCUAAAUGUUUCUCUCUAUCCGCAUCCAUCAGAACCUCCUAGCACCCACUACUUCCAACUAAUUAAACAACCAUGUUCAAAAGAUCCCCAUCCCUUUCUUUUUGCUAAUCCAAAUCUCUUCUUUAAUGCUUUGUUCCCCUUGCAUAUCUAAAUAUAUUCCUACAUCUUGCCCCCCUGUGACAAUUGAAGCAAAACUAACAUUGAAUCCCACAGAAGAAGUUCAAGAUGAGGGUACUAGAUUGGAUGCACCACCGAUCCAAAAAAUCUAAUGUCGAACCAUUCAAGGAUUUUUUGACAGGGAGCUAUUGUACUUGCCUUUCCGCACAGUCACCCAUUGAUGACCAUGUUUCCUACACUGGGCCAAGUUUUAACUCCAGAUAUGGACCCAGGCUCUUAAAACAGCCAAAUGAGGAAUGUGAGAAUACUUUCUCUGAAAAUGAAGGAGUGGAUGAGAAUAAUGGAGAUGAAACAUCUAUCAUCAGCUCUGAUCUUUUUCAUGGCUUUCUCACUAUUGGAACCCUUGGCUCAGAACCAAUUACCAGUGAGCCUGCAACACCAACAUUUCCCAUGUCUUCGGAGAGCAUAACAGAGGAAAACAUAGAGGUGACAGAAAAUGAAUUGAAGAUCAUGAACAAUGAGUUAGAAAAGUUUCUAGAGGCUGAAGCUGAAGAAGAAGGUUGCAAUGAAUCGUUAGCAAGGAGCAGUUAUGUUAGCACUAUUACACUCAGUGGCAUGCAAAUGGAAGCAACUGAUGCUGAAGAUUAUGGAAAGACAGUGGCAUGUCCACUCCAAGGAUAUCUAUUUGGGUCAUCAGUUGAACUGCCAGAAACAAGAGUUGGAGUAAAGAAGGAAAAGGUAUCACUUGGAGAGAUGUUUCGUAUGACAAAAGUUACAGAUGAAAUUCCUUCGGAAAAAGAAGUGAAAGGGGAGAUGCAAGCCAAGAAAGCACAUAAAUCUGCCAAAUACCUCAUCAAGAAGAUACUCGGAAUGUUUUGCACUACGUCAGGAAAUCCUACCCCUUCUACUAGUGACGAAGCCUCAAAUUCUGUUUCUACCAAGAAAACACUUAAUAAGGUCCUAAAAGUGUUCCAUAGAAAAGUUCAUCCUGAAAACCCAUUAGCUGAAAGAGAGUUUACGAAGUCCCAUAAAGACAAGACAAUGAAUACUCUGAAUGAUGGUGGCUAUAAUGCAGAAUUGACGAACCAGGUUAAAGAGAAAAGAAAGUUUCUUCCUGGAUACAAGUCAAGGGAAGGGGUCCAAUGCCAUAAGAACAGCUUGAAACUGCCCCAACAUGAUCAUAUUUGCAGUAAUUCAAGUGCAAAUGGGGAAUACUGGAUUAAAACAGAUGCGGACUAUUUGGUGCUGGAGCUGUAGCAGAGGAGCUCAAGCACACUUACAAUGUGUUGUUUGAUUGCAUCAUCUAAGUUUCUAAGUAUUUGUGAGUGAUUUAAGUGACCAUGAACCCAAGGAGAUGGAAACAGUAAAAGGUAUCCAUCUCAUCUGUCUGUAUAAUAAUAAAGUUGUGAGCACUGAAUGUCAUGUAAUCAUCUUAAUUAGUAAACAUGAUUGAUAUGUUUGCAUGUUCCAUUGCAAUUA